AUGGGGCUUGUGGAGGUGGAGGUGGUGGUGUUGGAGUUUCAAUUCUUCUUAUCUCAUCUCAGGUACCAUUGGUUUAUGCGACGUCAAGGACCAGCUGCAAGAGUGCCUGUUGAUCCUGAGAUAGAGAAGACUUGCCGGCAGAACAGAAGAAACAAAAGGUUGGAAGGAGUUGUACAAAGGAUUGAGCAAGAGGAAGUUAUGGCCAACAACUGUAAUAAUGGGGGUGCCGUAGAAGACCAGGCUAAUGGUCAGAAUCCACCCGACCGUAGCCUGAGGGACUAUGUGUUGCCAACAAUGACGGGGGUCCAGUCUUGUAUAAGACCACCUGCCGUAGAUGCAAAUAAUUUUGAGAUAAAGCCAGCCAUACUUCAGAUGGUUCAAUCCACAGUCCAGUUUGGGGGACUACCCACUGAAGACCCAAACAUGCAUCUCUCUAACUUCAUGGAGCUCUGUCAGACAUUUAAGAUGAAUGGAGUCAAUGAUGAUGCAAUCAGACUCAGAUUAUUCCCAUUUUCUCUGAGGGAGCGAGCCAAGAGUUGGUUGGUAUCUUUGCCACCUAACUCAAUCAAUACAUGGAAUGAUCUUGCACUAAAGUUUCUCUCCAAGUUCUUCCCUCCAGCCAAGGCAGCUAAGCUAAGGGGGGAGAUCAACAACUUCUACCAGCUGGAUAAUGAAUCUCUAUAUGAGGCGUGGGAGAGAUUUAAAGACUUGAUAAGGAGGUGCCCGCAUCAUGGGAUAGAGAGAUGGAUGUUAGUCCAUAACUUUUAUAAUGGGUUGUGUGGUACCACUCGCACACUCAUUGAUGCAGCAGCUGGUGGGGCAUUUAUGAGGAAGAGCGCCAAUGAGGCGUAUGAUUUGUUAGAAGAAAUGGCCAUGAAUAAUCAGCAGUGGCCAAGUGAAAGAAGCUCUUCAAGGAAAGUGGCUGGUUUGCAUGAGAUUGAUGCAAUAUCUAAGUUAACUGCUCAAGUUGAGGCUUUGACUAAACAGCUGCAAGGCAGUACAAUGGCAACCCCCGUGAUGCAAGCUCAAACUAUGUGUGAAUUAUGUGGGGGUCCUCAUGCUUAUGAAAAAUGUCAGUACGCGGAUGUCAAUAAUAUGCCAUUGGAACAAGCUCAAGCCAUUGGGAAUUUUCCUCGUCAAAACAAUAACAAUCCUUAUUCAAAUUUCUAUAACCAGGGUUGGAGGAAUCACCCCAAUUUUUCUUGGAAGAAUGACCAACAAGGCCAAUCUUCAGUUCAGCCGUCACGGCAACCAUUUCAGCAGCCACCUCCUGGGUUUUACCAACCGCCCAUGCGACAACAACAUAAUCCCAUGAGACAGCCUGAUACUCAGUCUGAUGUUCUUAAUCAAUUCAUGACUGAAACGCGGUCUUCUAUUAGAAAUUUGGAGAACCAGAUUGGGCAAUUGGCUACUCUUAUGGCAAACCGUGCUCAAGGUAACCUUCCUAGCACCACUGAAGUCAAUCCAAAAGAAGAGUGCCAGGCUAUUACAUUGAGAAGUGGGAAGAAAUAUGAAGAGCCAAGUGUGGAGCAGUCAGAUGAAGACAAGGUUCAGGAUCAACAAGUACAGGGCACAGUGGAAAAGAAGCAAGGUGAAAACAAGGUUACUGAAUACCUCCCAACCAAAGAAGCUACACCACAAGUGAGCAUAGAUCACCACAUCAAGAUUCCCUACCCACAAAGGCUCCGCAAGAACAACCUUGAUAAGCAAUUCUCAAAGUUCCUUGAAAUAUUCAAGAAACUACAUAUCAAUAUCCCAUUUGCGGAGGCCUUGGAGCAAAUGCCAAUGUAUGUUAAAUUCAUGAAGGAUAUUUUGGCCAAGAAAAGGAAGUUGGAGGAAUAUGAGACUGUGGCACUUACUGAGGAGUGCAGGGGCUCAGUCGAAACAAAAGCUUUAUGUGAUUUAGGGGCAAGUGUGAAUCUAAUGCCUCUAUCUAUUUUUCGAAGGCUAAAAUUGGGAGAAGCUCGCCCUACAACAGUUUCCUUACAGAUGGCUGAUCGCUCCAUUAAACAUCCUCGUGGAGUGAUAGAGGAUGUCUUGGUGAAGGUGGGUAAAUUUAUUUUCCCCGCUGAUUUCAUAAUUCUUGACAUGGAGGAAGAUGCAAACAUUCCCAUUAUUUUGGGAAGACCAUUCUUAGCCACAGGACGAGCUUUAAUCGAUGUACAAAAAGGGGAGUUAAGAGUUGAUGUGGAGAAUGAUUGUCAAGAAUCAAUUGGUAAAAAGAAGAAGAAGACCAAAGAACGAUUUCGAACAGUUCGACGUCGUAUGAAAAGAUUAUUGUGUGGCAAGUUUGAAGGUUUCGAUGACAUUGGGGAUAAUUUCAAUAUUCUCAACAGUAGAAGGGAGUUUUCCUCGUAUGACACGAUGGCUCUCAAGGAUGCAAGGGGUGGACUUGACCCAAGUUGA